UCGCUUCUGUGGCAGCAGCAGCAUGGCGGCCGUGGAGACCCGGGUGUGUGAAACGGCUGGGUGCAGCCACGAGGCCAAGCUGCAGUGCCCAACCUGCAUCAAGCUGGGCAUCCAGGGCUCCUACUUCUGCUCCCAGGAAUGUUUUAAGGGAAGCUGGGCCACUCACAAGUUACUACACAAGAAAGCAAAAGAUGAAAAAGCUAAACGUGAAGUUUCAUCUUGGACUGUGGAAGGUGACAUUAACACAGAUCCCUGGGCUGGUUAUCGAUAUACUGGUAAACUCAGGCCACAUUAUCCCCUAAUGCCAACGAGGCCUGUGCCAAGUUAUAUUCAGAGACCAGAUUAUGCUGAUCACCCACUAGGCAUGUCUGAAUCAGAACAGGCACUUAAAGGAACUUCUCAAAUAAAAAUCCUCUCAUCUGAAGAUAUAGAAGGGAUGCGAUUAGUGUGUAGGCUUGCUAGAGAAGUGUUGGAUGUUGCUGCCAUGAUGGUGAAACCAGGCAUAACUACUGAAGAAAUAGAUCAUGCCGUCCAUCUAGCCUGCAUUGCAAGGAACUGCUAUCCUUCCCCGCUGAAUUAUUAUAAUUUCCCUAAGUCAUGCUGUACGUCAGUGAAUGAAGUGAUCUGCCAUGGAAUUCCUGACAGGCGGCCAUUGCAAGAGGGUGAUAUUGUUAAUGUGGAUAUCACUAUAUAUCGCAAUGGUUAUCAUGGGGAUCUGAAUGAGACAUUUUACAUUGGGGAAGUUGAUGAGGGUGCAAGGAAACUAGUUCAGACAACUUAUGAGUGCCUAAUGCAAGCAAUCGAUGCAGUAAAACCUGGUGUUCGAUAUAGAGAGCUGGGAAAUAUUAUUCAGAAACACGCCCAAGCAAAUGGAUUUUCAGUUGUUCGGAGCUACUGUGGGCAUGGGAUCCAUAAGCUUUUCCAUACUGCUCCCAAUGUGCCACAUUAUGCCAAAAAUAAGGCUGUUGGUGUGAUGAAGUCUGGUCAUGUGUUUACAAUUGAACCAAUGAUCUGUGAAGGUGGGUGGCAAGACGAAACCUGGCCUGAUGGCUGGACUGCAGUGACAAGAGAUGGAAAGCGGUCUGCGCAGUUUGAGCACACUCUUCUGAUCACAGAUACUGGCUGUGAAAUCUUAACUCGGCGGUUGGACAGUGUUCGUCCUCACUUCAUGUCCCAGUAUUAGUUUAGACUGAGCUGACAGAUCUGAAUAUCUUUUGUCUCUGUACUAUGCAUUUUAUUAAGAGUACAGAACAGAGGGGGAUUUUAUCAUUUGUUUUGUUCUCAUUGACUGUAGAUAAGAGAGGAAUACAGCAUUUGGUAUAUAUCUUGAAGAACCUGACCCAACAUCUGAAAAAAGGAGAGAAGUAUUUAAAAUAUUUUCUGCUUCCCUCCUACCCACAACACUUGUACUGUAUUUUUUUUAUUUU